AACACACAAACGCACACACAGUCACACACUGUACAAAUUUUAAACAAAGAUUAAAAAGAAAAUUAAAUUAACGUUAACUUGUUCCUCUUAGUAAACCCAAAAAAAAACACAGAGGAAGAGAGAGAAUUUAAAGUUUCACUCCUUUUUAUAUCGGACCUCAUUCCAAGCAACCUCGAAUUUCGUUGUGGCCAUAGCCAGGGAAGCAGGAUUGUGGUCCUUGGCUAGGGUUCCAUCCCUCCCCCAUUUUUGUUCUGCUUUUGGACCUUAUGUAGCUUCAUCAAGGUACAAUCUUUCGUGUCGUAUAUACAAAAAUUUUCCUUCCCCUCCUUACGUUUUUUUGAGAAUGUAUUGCCAUUCAAUUUUGCCUUUUUCCGUUUGAGUUUUAAACGAGGAAAAUUUAUCCCAAAUCGUGGAGCUCUUUCGUGUAGAUCGCGGGUUUCUGAUGGUCUUGCUGAUCUGGGGGUUUCUUUUAGAAAAUCAGAAGACGUGCAUUUCGGCUCCUGUUUCGAUUUUGUGUUGUGGUUUUACUGGGAUCUUUGUUCAUCUUAUAUUAUACCUGUAUUCCUUCUUCUGUGUCAUGAUCCGUGAUAAAAUGUUGGGUUUGGGAGUGUUUGGAUCAGGAAGGGCGUUGAUUUAUUGAUUUCUUUUCUGGGCCCUGUGGCUUCUUUACAGGCAAGAGUUGAGCUGUUAUUUGUAGAUUUUGAUGAGCUGUUAUAUGUAGGUUUUUCAAGUUGUUAUUUUGGUUUCUCCUUAUAGAUAUUUUUGUGUGUUUUAGAAGAUUGAUAAUUGUGUACCGAAGAGCUGUGUUAGUCUAGCUGGUGGGUUUUGAUUUGGCAUUCUUGAUAUGUUGUUUUCUUUUGUAUUGAGAGCUGAUUUUUGGGUUGAUUCGGGAAUUCGGAUGGUCAUGGGACGUUAGUGAUUGGUUUGGAUUUGUUGUAAGUUAUAAGAGAAGUUGUAAAGUUUUAAGGGGUUUUGUUCUGAGAGAAUGCCAUCAGCAGAUAAGCCGUCUUCUGCCCUGCCGUUUGUUUCAUUUCGCCGGCCUAUUUUAACUAUGAGAGGUGGUAAUGUACAUGCCUUGGCAUUGAGUCGUGACUGCGAUCCUCAGAAUUCAGAAAUGGAAUCGUUUCAGAGACAGGUUCUAGCUCAAUUCCAUAGUCUCGCAGUGGCUACCAACGAUGAAUUCCUCUCCCUUUCAUGGAUUCGGAAGCUACUUGAUGCAUUUGCCUCUUGCCAGGAACUAUUCAGGGAAAUAUUAUCUAAUAACAAGGGGAAAGUCUCAAAGCCACCAGUGGAUAAGUUUGUAUUGGAGUACUUUGAUAGAACUAUUAAGGCUCUUGAUAUAUGCAAUGCAACCCGUGAUGGGAUUGAGAAGAUUCGGCAAUGGAAGAAGCAUUUGGAUAUUGUUGUUGCAGCAAUGGAUUGUCAUCAGAAGAUGAUAGGUGAAGGCAACAUCAGAAGGGCAAAAAAAGCUUUGACCGAUUUAGCUCUUUUCAUGCUAGAUGAUAAAGGAACCGGUUCUGUAUUUUCACACCGCAAUCGGUCUUUUGGCCGAGCUCAGAAGAACAAGGAGCGUCAAAAUAGUCGUGGAUCAGGGCAUUCGAGGUCUCUGUCAUGGAGUGUACCCAAUUCUUGGUCAGCUUCAAAGCAGCUCCAAACAAUGGCAAACAACUUAGUCAUUCCCCGAGCGAAUGAACUUGCAGCUGCUAAUAGUCUUUCUAAUGUUGUCUUUACAAUGAGCUUCAUUCUUAUGUUUGUUUUGUGGACUCUUGUUGCUGCAUUUCCCUGCCAAGACAGAGGUCACCAAGUUCAUUUCACCAUCCCUCGCCAAUUUGUAUGGAGCACUCCAUUCUUUUUGCUUCAUAGUAGGAUUACAGAUGAAUCCAAGAAGCGGGGAUGGCGAGAUAGCAACGGGUUCUUGAGGGAGAUUAAUCGGAUUGAGAAGUCUAUUCAUCACAUGACAGACUUGGUGGACUCGGUUCAGGUUCCAUUAGCAGAGGAGCAAAAGGAAGAAGUUAGAGAGAGUGUGAAAGAAUUAGCAAUUGUCUGUGAAAUAUGCAAUUCAGAACUUGAUCCACUUGAACGUAAUUUGAGGGAUGUUUUCAGAAAAAUUAUGUCUUGCAGAACAGAGGGUCUUCAAAUCCUGGGAAAGAGCACUCAACCAUGACAGCACAAGCAAUUGCUGAUGGACAAACAUAAAGAUGGUAAUAUAUUCCUGAGAUCUUUUCUCGGUUAGUGUCUGAAGGUACUUGAAGAAAGCUGUUGAAUAUUGAUUAUUACAUAUGUAACUCUAGAGUGAAAUGUUUUUACUUGUCAUUAUACUUAAAUUCAG